UGGCAUACAAAAAGCCAAAAAUACAAACAAAAAUUGAAAGCUAAACUUAGAGAUGUUCAAAAUAGAGGUGCAGGUGAAUCAUCCCAAUUUGCCAUAAUGUGUUUUAUAGCAAAGUUACAGCAAUCAUUAGGAUGA